AUGCGAUUAAACCUGAGCAUGGCUAUUCUUUGCAUGGUAAACUCGACAGCUUUUCUAUCCGAUUCUGCAGAAGCAAACGAGACUGCUAAAGUAGCUCAUCAACCAAGGUGUGAAGCUGUAAUUAUGGACGAGCAAUCUGCCAUGCAAGCUGGAUAUACGGGUGAUUUGCUCUGGAGCCCUCCGAUGCAAUCCUUGCUGCUCUCUGCCACGUUUUAUGGAGCAUUGGUGACCAUCACUUUUGCAGGUCUCUUGGCGGAUAGAUAUGGUCCGAAAAGGAUAGUCGUAGCAUUCACUCUGGACUACAUCAUAGUAACGUUGUUAACUCCACUUCUUGCUCGUCACUCAUUUGAGGCGUAUCUCGUUUCACGCAUCAUCAUGGGUCUUGGAGAGGGUUUUGUUUUUUCCUGCUUUGCAAGUGUCAUUGGCAAAUGGUACACUAUAACAGAAAAAUCCACAGCAGGUGCUAUGUACACAUCUGGAAACCAGUUAGCUGCUGGAUUUUCUUCUCUGAUUGCUUCUUACCUUUGCACACUAAGUCCCGGUUGGCCACUCGUUUUCUAUGUGUUUGGAGCAGCUGGUUGCCUAUGGUUGAUACCCUGGAUAAUUUUUGCGACGAACAGUCCUUCGACCAAUCGGUUUAUAUCAGAAGAAGAGAAGAAAUAUCUGGCGGAUAAUAUACACCACAUGCAAUCUUCGGGCAAGUUAUCAGUGCCCUGGAAAAAGAUGCUUGCUUCUAAACCAUUGAUUGCAACAGUACUCUGCCAAUUCAAUUACAAUCUGCAACAAUCCUUGCUUCAUGCAUUUCUACCAACCUUUUUCAAGGAGGAACUCAUG